GUGCAGGACAAAAUGUAGUGCAGUGCCAGUGGUGCUAAAAACAGCGGGGCAGGUAGUAGAUCUGGAAGGACUGCACCUGCCGUCUGUGAGCAGUCCAGGAUGGAGGCGCCGUCGACAAGUUGCUGAGGAGAGCAUUCCAGAGACAUGACCGAUUGUUAAAAAAGAGAGCCAUGCAUGACGAAGAAGUUGAACAAACACUACGUACAUGUUUAUCCCAACAACUAUUAUGGCUUAAAGUUUCUCGUUGUUUUCUCUCAUCGGUUUCAUCUUCUCUUUAUCAGAGCUAAACAUGGCUGAAAACAGGAAGCUCAAAAGGGUGCCCUCCAGCAUUCAAGAUUCUGGGGGAAUCAAAGAUCCAGCGGAAGCGCUCCGUCGUGCGACGGAGACGCACCAUUUUGAUCCAGAGACAAGUCUUGAAACUAAAGCUGUAUGCGCCCAGCCUGAGCUUAAAGGGCAGGGGCUAACUUUUCCCGUAGUGCCCUCUAUCAGUGUUGCAUCUACAUACAGAAUCAAUCGAGUCGAUGAGUAUAAUGAUUGUCUAAAGGAUGGCUACAUAUACAGCAGGAUCGGCAAUCAUUCCUGUGAGUCAGCCGCUCAUGCCAUUAACACUCUGGAAGGAGGCCUGGGUACUUUGGUGUUUUCCUGCGGCAUGGGAGCCAUUACAACCACCUUACUGACUCUGCUGAAGGCUGGUGACCAUGUGAUCGCACCAGAUUCUGCAUAUUCUGGCACUUACUCCGUCAUGAAAACCAUGCUUCCGAAUUACGGUAUCGAGGUUUCAUUCAUCAAGGCAUGUGACGUUGAAGAGUACAGGAAAGCAAUCAAACCAAACACCAAGUUAUUCUACGGUGAAACACCCUGCAACCCAUGCUUAGGUGUGCUUGACUUGAAGGCAUUUGCUGACGUCACUAAGACUGUCCCCAGUGCCAUCAGUGUAGUGGACUCCACCUUUGGGUCCCCAAUCCUGCAGCGCCCUCUGGAGCUUGGUGUUGACGUUGUCGUUCACAGUUGUACCAAGUACAUGGGUGGACACAGUGACAUUGUUGCAGGUUCUAUGAGCACCAAGGAUGAAGAGAUUCUAUAUGGGAUCAAAGCGUUUCAAGGACAAACAGGAAGCUGUCUGUCUCCGUUUGACGCCUUUCUGCUCCUACGUGGAAUCCGCACUUUGCCCCUUCGUAUGGAGAAGCACAGCCUAAACGGACUUAGACUAGCUCAGUACCUGGAACAACAUCCAAAGAUAAGCCGAGUGUUCUACCCAGGUCUACCAUCACACCCCCAGCAUGACGUAGCCAAGAAGCAGAUGUCUUCCUUUGGUGGUAUGAUCGUCUUUGAAGUAGCUGGAGGACUGCAGCCUGCUAAGACGCUGGUAGAAUCGUUGAAACUCAUCACCCUGGCUGUGUCACUGGGUUCUACAGAGAGCUUGAUUGAGCAUCCAGCCACUAUGACCCACGGCCCGUUACUCAUGACUCCAGAAGACAGACAGAAAGGGGGUAUCUCUGAUGGGCUUGUACGACUCAGUGUUGGUAUUGAGAAUUCAGUCGACCUCAUCCGAGAUCUGGAACAAGCUCUAGCUAAAGUGUGAAUAGAAAUUAAACACAGGUAACCGUGUUUAUCCAGCAAGUUAUUCAAAUCAAAGAGUGACAGGAUUCAGUUCUAACUCCAAAGGAAAUGAUUCUUCUGGAUCUGGAUAAAUAUGAUACACAUAUUGACUGGCAAUGAGGUAACUAGUGUACGUCUAUUGCC